CAUCCCCAGACAAUCGCCCGCCUUCAACAACACCCUCUUCAUCUCAUAUUUUCCAUGGAGGCGCUCACCGCAUCCACGACACAUCUGCUGUCGACGCUCCACAAGCUGACCGACAACUCCUUCUUCAACUCCCUCCCUCCUUCCCUCCCAGUAACGCCUUGCGUUCUCGCCCAAAAGAAUACCUCCCAGAUACCCCUACCGGACUCGCUUUAUUUCACCAUCUUCUUCCUCUUUGGUGGCAGCCUCUACAUCCUCCUGCUCCUGCCCUUUACGCUCCAUCAGAAACGAUGGAUAGCCGCACCCCUUACUCUCGGUCUCCUCCUGGCCCCGCUCAUCUUCACAGCCACCAACUCGCCCGCACUACAGCUGAUCCAUGUCGCAGCCUGUGGAUGUGUGCUCAUGCGUAUGAUUGACUUGUACUACGUCCGGCCCUGGAGAACAGGCAAGGAGCCGACCAUGAACCUCGAGGAUUGGUGGACAGAGGUCUGGCAGCCUUUCCGCAAGGUCCCCAUGAGUAAGAAUCAGAUCCAGCGUUAUGAACUCGAGCAGCAGCAAUCAAGGCUUCGUCGCGAACUGGAGCAGCAGCGGUCAUCAGGACCUGUAGGACCCGCCAACAGGAAUAACGGCGACACUAAGGCCGAGUCAAAUGAGCUGCUCAACCAUGCAUCCAAAAAUAACGACCAAGAGUCUGCACCAACAGCAUCUAGCAGUAGAAGCUCUAGCAGCAGCUCCACAAAAGGAAAGCCCGCCAAACAGAGCUACAUGCCCCUUACAGAUCCUAACCCACAACAUUGGAGCGUGUACCUCCCCCGAUGGCUCUUCUACGCCGUGCUCAUGGACAUUAUCCCCUUUGGGGUUAGCUUCCUGACCUUUGAGCAGAUCGAGUCCUUCUCACUGAUCCCCAGGCUGCUCUUCAACACCGCCGUGGGCUCUAUGGUGAUCUUUGACAUCUCACUCGCCAACUAUACCAUCAUGAUCAUCUGGGCCACCGUGACUGGAGACCUGAUCCGCGACACCGAAUGGACGAUGGUUCGUCACUACUUCCCCGGAUUCGCAACCUCGAGCGCCGAGUUCUGGCGCCAAUGGCACCAUCUGUUUAAGUACAUCUGGGUCGACCUUGGUUUCAAGCCCGUCCACCAUAUCCUCAGCAAGUACGUGACACCUAAGGUUUCGAACCGCAAGCUGGCCAAGGCGGCCGAGAUGGUUCUGCCGGUGAUGGGUGUGUUCCUGAUGUCCGGCUUGAUGCACGAGUACAUGAUGGUGGCCAUGUGGCAUGGCCGACCGGGCUAUAUGACAGCGUUCUUCUUGCUCCAGGGUGCAGGCACCAUUGUCUCGAAGGCGUUGAACAACACUGUGGGACAGAAGAUCACUGUUCCGCCGAUGAUCCUGAUUGCGUUGACCUGGGCCUUCAAUCUGUCGACGGCGUCGUUGUUCAUGGAGCCCGUUUUCAAGAAUCAAGGAUACAAUAUGAUAGCGAACCAGAGCAUUUUGAUCCGCGUGUACAAUCUCUUGCGAUCCUAUGGCGUCUUCUGAGGAGAUCGCUUUGAAAUCGUUCACUUUUGAUACCUUCCAAACUAAUUUUUUUUCCGACCAUCCUUAUGUCCUCCAUGUAACCCUUUUUGUAUAAUAAUAUAUUAUGACGAAAAAACAAAUAAACGUUGAUCUAAUUUAUCCAAGCUGGUCAAUGCAGGAUGCAUCCAUUUCAUUUCAGCAGAAAUUGUUGACGCGACCGCGUUUUGAAUGAAUUUUUUGCGCCACCGUCGCGUGUCUAGGAAAGGGGAAAAAAACAAAAACAAAAAACAAAGGCACACACAU